AUGGCCAGCAUACAUGUGGCAAACAGUCUGCUGCUCAAAAGCGUUCUGCUGCGGCCGAGUUCCAGCAGUUUUCUGACUUUGAAUGGGCUAAACAUAGUCCAUAGAAACAUCCGACAGUACAGCAACAGCAAGGACGGUGACAAGACCGAAGGACCACUGAAUACAUCGCCCAUUGAGUUUGCGUCCAAUAUCGCUGCACGCGAUGCCAAAGAAGUCCGCCAAAAGAUGGCUCAGACUGCUAUGGAAGCUCUCAGUUGCACCGAUGAUACUACGGCCCAAAAAUCCCAAAACUUGCCUUUUGAAGUGAAAGCCGUUGGUCGCGAACAGCGGCAGAAAUUACGGCUGACCACCGACGGGGUUGCUAAAAUGAGCACUGAAAAGCUGAUAAAAACGUACGUUCAGCUGUCCAAACCGAAACUCACAGUCCUAGUAAUGCUCAGCUGCAUAUGUUCUUAUGCGUUGAGUCCAUCAGCUGCAACAGUAUUGGAACUCAUGUCGCUAACAGCCGGCACAGCACUUUGCUCUACUGCGGCUAAUGCCAUCAACAUGGGCCGAGAACCAGAUUUUGAUAGGAGAAUGGUUAGAACCCAGGCGAGACCUGUGGUUCGUGGUCUAUUAACGCCAAGACAAGCUUAUAAAUUUGCUCUUGUAGCAGGUACUAUGGGUGUUUCAGUACUAUAUCUUGGAGUGAACACCACGGUGGCAGCUCUGGGAGCCACAAACAUCGCCCUAUAUGCCUGGAUCUACACAUCUUUGAAACGGAAGCACAUAAUAAAUACAUGGGUUGGGGCUCUUGUUGGCGCUAUACCGCCUUUAAUGGGAUGGACUGCGGCCAAUCCGCUAAGCGACCCAGGUGGAUGGUGUCUGGCCGGAUUCUUAUAUGCGUGGCAAUUUCCACAUUUCAAUACCUUAAGUCACAACAUCAGGAACGAAUAUAAAGACGCAGGCUACGUUAUGACAUGUUGGAAAAACCCAAGACUAAAUGCCCGAGUUGCAUUCAGAUAUUCACUUUUAAUGUUCCCAUUAUGUUAUGGUCUAUCUUAUUACAACGUUACCGAUUGGUAUUAUCAAUUGGAUUCAGCCAUCGCUAAUGCAUGGCUUUCGUUUUGGGCAUUUAAAUUUUGGUGGCAGCAGAGAUACAAUUACUCCGCUAAAAUAAUAAAGGAUAGAAUGAAAUUCAACAAGGGACUCGCAUUGGCCAAUGUGUAUGCAAGAAAAACGUUUUGGGUAAGCGUUUUGCACUUACCAGCAGUUUUAAUAUUGGCAAUUUUGCACAAGAAGGGCCGCUGGGAUUGGUUUUUUGAACCAAAAGACGAUGCAAAGAAAUUACGUGUAUAA